ACCGAGGGGGCUCGUGACCGGCAUUCUGCUCCCUCAGGGGCGGGGUGCGGACGCCAGGGGAGCGCAGAGACAGCUCCAGCCCCUCCUCCUCCGCCCGCAGCCGGGACCCCAAUUCUCCGUUUGGGGCGCGGGGGGUCGCGGCGCGCAGGGGUGGCCGCGGGUCCCGGUUUCUGCCGAGCGGCGCCCUCUCCUCGCCGUAGCUCAAGUUCCACAGUGCGGAGCGGCCCCUCCCGUCCCCUCCUCCGAGCACCUGCUGCUCGGCGGCGGCCACCUCGGCCCACCUGAGGCGGAGCCCCCGCCAGGGCCCCCGGCGCAGAUGCUGUUCAAGACCAGUCCCGGGCGCUGCGGUCUGUUCUCCUAGCACCCGGACCCAGACCCUCCGCGGCCGCCUCCCAGCCUCUGCCCACGGCGAGUGGGAUGGGGGGCGGCCCUCACGCCCGCGCAGUCCCCCGGCUCGCAGGGCUGCGGACCCCGGCCCCAGGCCGGACCUGGAGGCGGCUUCGCCCGGGGAGGGGGCGUCAGGGUCCUUCCCUCUCCCCAGAGAGGCGGGCCGCGGGGCCUGGGCUCCCAGUGGACGCUUCCCGGUUCGCCGGGGACAGGCUGAUGCGGGGUGGGCUCUUUCCUGAACGCCUCGCCGGGGAAGACGACCAGGGACUUGUGAUUUCCAACGGCAAAGCGGCGCGGGGGUGAUGGAGUUAACCAGACGUGUGCGGGGUCCCCUGCUCGCACCGGGAGACCUGGGUGCGCGCCCCGCCUCCAGGGUGGAGGUCAGUGUCUCGUGGUCCGCAAACCAGACCGGUGCCGGGAUCCCUCAGUCCCAUGCAGUGACCACGGGGCUCCCACCCGUGACGUCCCCAGCCCCGAGAGGACGAGGGAAACUUCGCCCCCACGCCGGCCGAGCACAGCCCCCUCCAGCCGCGUGGUCUGCCUCCCCUUCCUCCUCCACUAGAGUCCUCGCCCUCCCUCCUGCUUCCUCCUCUUUCCCCCCUCCCCCUCCUCCUCGCCGGCUGGAGGCGGGCAGGUCCGGGCGGGGCCGCGCCGCUGAGCCCACAGCCCCGUGCUCCGGGCCCGGUCUCCACCGCCGCGUCCCGCGGGAGGAGCGGCCGAGCCAGGCCCGGCGGACGGAGCAGCCCGAGCGGCGCGGGGGGGCAUGAAGUUGGGUGCGCGCGGGCCUCGGAGCGGGGGCGAGGCGGAGCCGGGAGCUGCCCGCGUCUAGAGCCCGCUCGGUGCGCCAUGGAGCUCGGCGGCUCGGGGGCGUCAACGCCGCUGCUGCUGCCGCCGCCGCUGCUGCUGCUUCUGGGGGUCAGCCUCCUGCCUGUGAGCAGCCAUGUGGAGACCCGGGCCCACGCGGAGGAACGGCUGCUGAAGAAACUCUUCUCUGGCUACAACAAGUGGUCCCGGCCCGUGGCCAACAUCUCAGAUGUGGUCCUUGUCCACUUCGGCCUGUCCAUCGCCCAGCUCAUUGACGUGGACGAGAAGAACCAGAUGAUGACGACAAAUGUGUGGGUGAAGCAAGAGUGGCAUGACUAUAAGCUGCGCUGGGACCCCGCGGACUAUGAGAAUGUGACCUCCAUCCGCAUCCCCUCUGAGCUCAUCUGGCGGCCGGACAUCGUCCUCUACAACAACGCGGACGGGGACUUUGCAGUCACCCACCUGACCAAGGCCCACCUCUUCCACGACGGGCGAGUGCAGUGGACGCCCCCCGCCAUCUACAAGAGCUCCUGCAGCAUCGACGUCACCUUCUUCCCCUUCGACCAGCAGAACUGCACCAUGAAGUUUGGUUCCUGGACCUACGACAAGGCCAAGAUCGAUCUGGUGAGCAUGCAUGGCCGCGUGGACCAGUUGGACUUCUGGGAGAGCGGCGAGUGGGUCAUUGUGGACGCCGUGGGCACCUACAACACCAGGAAGUACGAGUGCUGCGCCGAGGUCUACCCGGACAUCACCUACUCCUUCGUCAUCCGGCGCCUGCCCCUCUUCUACACCAUCAACCUCAUCAUCCCCUGCCUGCUCAUCUCCUGCCUCACCGUGCUCGUCUUCUACCUGCCCUCCGAGUGCGGCGAGAAGAUCACGCUCUGCAUCUCCGUGCUGCUCUCGCUCACCGUCUUCCUGCUGCUCAUCACCGAGAUCAUCCCGUCCACCUCACUGGUCAUCCCGCUCAUCGGGGAGUACCUGCUCUUCACCAUGAUCUUCGUCACGCUCUCCAUCAUCAUCACCGUCUUCGUGCUCAACGUCCACCACCGCUCCCCGCGCACGCACACCAUGCCUGCCUGGGUCCGCCGGGUCUUCCUGGACGUCGUGCCGCGCCUGCUCUUCAUGAAGCGGCCGUCCGUAGUCAAGGACAACUGCAGGCGGCUCAUUGAGUCCAUGCACAAGAUGGCCAGUGCCCCGCGCUUCUGGCCCGAGCCCGAGCGGGAGCCCAACUUUGUGAACGAAGUCUGGAGCCAGGGUCCCUCGCCCACUCCGUCCUUCUGCGGCCCCCUGGACCAGACGGUCAAGCCACAGCCUGCCUGCAAGUCGCCCUCAGAGCAGGUCCCUGCUCUGCAGCCCUCAGAGGCCGAGAAAGCCAGCCCUUGCUCCUCGCUGGGCCCCUGCCGCCCACCCACCAGCACCCGGGCCCCAGGGCUUGCCAAAGCCAGGUCCCUGAGUGUCCAGCACAUGUCCAGCCCCGGGGAAGCGGGAGGCAGUGUCCGGUGCCGGUCGCGGAGCAUCCAGUACAGCGUUCCCCGGGACAACACUGCCUCCCAGGCCGAGGGCCCGGCGGCCAGCUCCCCUACCCUUCUGAAGGCCACCUCUGCCGAGCUCCCCGUCCCAGACCAGGCCUCUCCGUGCAAAUGCAAGUGCAAGAAGGAGCCACCCGCGGAGUCCCCAAACGCCAUGCUCAAAGCCCGCGGCACCAGAGCGCCACCCCGGCACCUGCCACUGUCGCCAGCCCUGAUGCGGGCGGUCGAGGGCGUCCAGUACAUCGCAGACCACCUGAAGGCGGAAGACACAGACUUCUCGGUGAAGGAGGACUGGAAGUACGUGGCCAUGGUCAUCGAUCGCAUCUUCCUCUGGGUGUUCAUCAUCGUCUGCCUGCUGGGCACCGCGGGUCUCUUCCUGCCUCCCUGGCUGGCCGGCAUGAUCUAGGAGGACGGAGGCCGGGCGUGGCCCAGGCACCUGUAGGACACGGGCAGCGUCUGCAGGGGUCUGUGCCUGGCUCUCCACACUGCGGGGUCACGCCAUUGGCUGCAUUGUCCCCCGUCUUCCGUCUGCUGUGAGACGGCCUCAGACAGAGCCGCUGCCCCCUGGGGGAGUCGAUGCUGGCUCGGCCCUGCUGGGACCUGCCCCAGAGACGCCGGGCUGGAGGGGCAGCUGGUAGAGGCCUGUUCUCGUCUGUAGGGCGGUGUCACUGCCUGAGUCUCAUUAAAGUUUACCUGGAGCAUGGCGACACGUGGCUUCCUGUCCAGAUGCGCACCUGCCUGCUCUCUCAGCAGUCGUCCCAGCAGCCCCACUGUCCCAGGGCCACAACCUCCAGCCCCGCUCAGCCCCAAAUGCCCUUCAUCCCUGUGGUGUCCCGGAGGCCUAGGCCUGAGCCGGGGCCUGGCCAGCUCCCACUCCGGGGGUGGGGUCCCCAGGCCUGCUCCCUCAGACCCCGCAUAGGCGAGUCAGCAAACCCUUGGAUCUCAUUGGCUGGGGGGGUCCAGGCAGGGACUUUCUUUUGUUCUGGGUAAAUCAGUGAAAACCCAGGAUUUGUGCCCUAGGGACACUGGGGACUGGAGGUGAUAAACCUGGUCCCGCUGGGAGGAGAAUCAGGCAGCAGGUCCCCCACGGGCAAGGACCCUUGGCCCCAGGGAGUCCAGGCGUCUGCCUUCCAGAGGUCCUGGGGGGUCGUGGGCAAGCACUUUGCAGGGGCCUAGUGAUGCCCCAGGACCCCAUGGGCGCUGGUGGUUUGUGAGGGACCCAGAGCAGUGUCCAGGGCUCUGGGCUCCCCCCAACACCUCCCCAUGGGUUCUCCUUCUGCUCACAGCCCAGGAGGCCCCUUCUGGGGCCCAGACACCGGGAAGGACUUCCCUGACACGGUGGCCAUGGUGAGGCCAGGGGUCCCCAAGGAACAUCAUGGGGGUGGAGGGGACCCUCACUGGCCUCCCGCCAUUGGACUUGUCCUCACAUGGCUCACCGCAAUGCGGGGCGCCCUGCCCAGAGGUGGUUGGGGCGGCCCGAGGGUGACGGUCUUGGGGGCCCAUGUCAUCCUCCCCCCAAGGCAGAGCGCCCACCAACAGUGUCCCCGUGCCCCUGGGAAAACGUGCCCCUGGGGGUGGGCGGGCUGCCCCCGGAUUUCCCUGAUUCUUCCGAACCCUUGGGCUCCAAGUGACGGGGGGUCGAGGACAAUGGGGGCCCUCCCCUGGGAGAAGGAAGGGGGAAGGAGGCCAGAGGCUGACGGAAUCGCUCCUCCUGUGAUGGUCGAAAUCCUGCCUCUCCGGAUGGUCUGGCGCCGCGUGGCAGGCUGAGCAGAUCUCAGACGUGAGCACCUCAUCCUCCUCACGUAAGCGCCAGAGCGCGACAGCUGCAAGGAGGGCUGGUGCCAGGCCCAGCUGGGUUGUUUUCUUCUGGGUCGGGAGAGACCACGAGCGGCUGCCAUGAAGACGCCUUUCCCUUUCUUGGGGUUUUUUUUUUUUGUGAGGAAGAUUUUCCUUGAGCUAACACCUGUGCCCAUCUUCCUCAUUUUGUAUGUGGGAUGCCCCCACGGCACGGCGGAUGAGUGGUGCGUAGGUCUGCGUCCGGGAUGCGAACCCCGGGCCGCCGAAGCAGAGUGCGCGAACUUAACCACUACACCACCCGGCCGGCCCCCCAUUCUUGUUUUUGGCUUGUUUUUUUUUUAGAGACUCAAAAGAAAAAUCAGAAAAUCCCCACACAAAUAAAGUGCCCAUGUUCCCACCAUGCUGCGUUAACCGCGACCACUGUUCUGGCGUUAUUUGCUUCCAGUGUGUUUUUCAAUUGAGAUGAAGUUUACGACAGAAUGCGUGUUCUCAAGCCCUCAGAUCCGUGGGUUUUACUGAAUCAGACACCCAGGCCCCAGGACCCUGUUUCAUACCCAAGACACGCUGUCCCCAGAAAGGCGCCCCCGCCUCCAGUCCGUGCCCCCAAAGCUCUGACCCUUCACCAGAGACAGUCUUGCCUGUUCU